UUUAAAUAAUUUGAAUUCAAGUUAUAUUAUCUAUGCAAAAAAUGAACAUUGUAAAAGUUUAAUGCGAAAAAUACUUGUCAUUCGGAAGGGAAAUAAAUUAGCAGAGAAACGAUGGCUGUCAUUAAAACAACACUGUUGGCUUCUAUCGACUUCUUGGAAAGUUCAUCAACUUCAACAGACAGAAACUGGUCGUGGGUAGUUUUAUUUUCGUCAUCUAUGAUAGCUGGCUUCACAUGGGGUAUUCAACACGUCAGUGGUAUAUUCUAUAGUGUUUGGUUGGAAGAGUUCAAAAUUUCAAAAGGAACUGUUGCAUGGAUCACAGGGUUGCCUUUAGGAUUGUUGUUACUUCUAUCACCCCUAUAUCCAAUUAUAUAUCGGAAAUUAAAAGGAUUUCAAAUUGGAUCAGUAUUUGGAAGCAUUUUAACUGGAAUAUCCUUACUGUUAUCGUCCUAUGUUACAAAUGUCUAUCUUCUAUUCUUUACCUACAGUUUCCUGACAGGAAUUGGUUUGCUGUUGCUAGCUACUCCAGCGGUAAUGAUUAUUCCCAAGUAUUUUCACAAACAUGUCUCAUUCGCUACCGCGUUUGCAACAACAGGAUCUUUCAUUACACCACUGUUUCUAUCACCAUUGAUAAGCUAUCUAAAUAGAAAAUUCUGUUGGAGAGUUGCAUUCAGAGUGUUGGGUAUUCUUGUGAUUUUAAUUUGCACACCUUGUGGGUUACUGUGGAGAAACCACUCGUCAGAUACUCCAAAUCUUCAUUCACUUCAAGGAAAGAAAAGCACAAAGGCUUGGAACAAAUACAAACAUCUUUUAAAAAACAGACAUUAUUUGAUAUUUUUACUAGCAACCACUUUGGGAUCUUUAGACGCUUCUGUUUCCUUAACCCAUCUUGUUCAACAUGCAAUAGAAUCUGGUACUGACAGAAAUGAUGCAAACUGGUUACCCGUGUACUUGUCAUUGGGAAACGUGAUUGGUCGUUUAUGUCUUGGGAAAAUAUUUGAUAUACAAUGUAUUAACAAAAUGAUCUUCUAUAAAAUAUUAAUGAUCAUGUCAGGGUUGACAGCAGUUGUUGGAUCUUUUUCGGUGGAAUUUUAUCAGCUAAUUCUAUUUGCUAUUUGCUAUACAAUAUUCGAUGGUGCACAUAAAGCGCAACAGUCCAUUAUAUUGUUGAAUAUAGCUGGGAAAAAAUUACUUUUGGAGGGAUGGACACUUUUAAUGAGUCUAGGAGCAAUAACUUUUGUUUUGGGUCCAGUCUUGGUGGGAUACUUUUCAAGUGGAAUAAGUAGCUACAAGGUCAUGUUUUAUUUCAUGAGUGUACCAUCCAUAUUGGCAUCCCUACUUUUGAAUUUGAUGUACAUAUUUCCUGAGGUAAACAUGGGUGAUUUAUCAAAAGAAACAAAGUCGUCUGAAAACAAUGCUGGACUUCUGGAAGUAACAUGACGAGAUAACGACAUUUAAAUAUAAAGAAAGAAUUUUUGUUAUUUAAGACGUAUAGAAUAAUUUUUGUUGUUGUUGCGUAGCUUGUUUACAUUUAGCCCUUUUUGUUUUGGUACCGCGCUUGCAAUAACUUGAUGUUUACGUCUCUCCUGAUAACACAUAUCAUACAAAGAUUUUUUGUCACUAAAGUGAUUUUGUUUUGUGUUGAAUUACUAAGACUUGUAACUAUUCUACCAAAGCUUUUAAUUUGUGCCGAAAUGAUUUAAACUGGCGUAAAAAGACCUUUAAGGCGAAAUAAAGGAGCGGUGUAAAUUUUUAAGAAUUGAAUUUCUGUACUCAACUACUAAGGAAGUAUAAAAACUACAAACAUUCCAAAAUAAUAGACAUGACACGUUAAUAUACAAGAUAUUUUUGUUUCAAAAUUUGUUGAGUUGUUGUAUUUAUUGUUUAGAGCUUCAAACGCGUAUUAUUACAUGCGUAAUUAUUUACCUUUUUUAUUUUGUAAUUGCCAAAAAUUGGAAUAAACUGAACACCUUCUAAUUUUAUGACAGCAUAUGUACUCCAACUUCCCACAACUACACAAAUCAUGGUACCUAGCUUCCAGAGAAAUAACACAAUAGAAAUAUUCUAAAUGUUCGUCAUCGUCAUGAAAUUCUGGUUUAAACUGAAAGUCAAUGACCAUUGGUUGUUCCAUGAUCUAUAUGAUUUACUGAAAAUGUAUUAUAAAGAUCACGAAGUCUAAAAAAGUUAACAAGAUAGUUUUCUUUGUCAGUAACUCGUACUGAUUCUCAAGAUAUAUGCACAAAUAUAAAGUUUUUCUUCUUUUUUUGUCCACUUCCUAACUUUUAGGAGGUUAUCACAUAAAGCAAUCCAAAACACAAAUUUUUGAUCUUUGAAAACAAUGUAUCAACAAGUAUCUAGCGCAACAGAAAUCCAAUAAGAUUUUUUUAUGUAUAGUUACAGGUAUGUUAAAGUGUAUCUCUUUUGCUUUUUCAAUCACACUUCUAUCUAACUAUCAACAAAAUAAUUUAUAUUUUUUCUUCUGAUUAUUGCGGCCCUCC